AUGGCACCUUGUCCACAAGAAAUUUCCUCAGCCACACCAGCUUCACUAAUUCCAUUCGCUCUAAGGACAUCCGGUUGUAAUGCAACCAGGGAACAAGGAUCUGAUUCCGCACCUGUACAAACCAUUGCUUUUACUAUCAUUGAUCAUCAAUACAUUAAUAAAGUUACUACCAUUGAAGAAUUGGAUGUCAAUUCUUUAGGAUUACAAGCUGCUCUUCAGAAGAUCGAAGAUACGGUACCAGCUGGUUCAAUAUUAGUAACAAAUGGUAUUAGUGCCAUCAGACAGGUGUUACAUCCUCUUGCACUACGGUUAUCCUUUGCAUUAUCUCCACUCUUCCAUAAAUUUAUCGAUAUCUCGCGAUUUGAAGCUUUACCAAUUGAUGGAAAAUGCUCAUUAGAGGAUGAAUUGGAUCUGAUACGUGACAGGAUACAUUAUUUAUGUGAAGGAACCGAAAAUUUCAUCGGAUCUGUUGAGGACGUAAAAACCGAACUGCGCAAUGCAGUAUGUUUACCGGAAACAUCGCUGAUCUCCGAGGUGGUCGUUCGAACCCGCGGUCUUCCCUGGCAAGCAACGGAUCAUGACAUUGCACAGUUUUUCAUCGGAUUAAAUAUUGCGCCGUGA